ACAAAGUUAUCCACAUCCAGAGUACUUUCUUGAUUUACCCCAUAAUAAUAAAAUUUAUAUGAACAUUAUCCAAUGCAAUAUUGCUGUUACAACUAAUAUGUGCCAGAUUAUUUUGCCUCAAAUGGUAUCGCGUCAUAAAGGAGUUAUUGUUAAUAUAGCAUCCUCGGCAGCUGUAAUUCCAAGUCCGUUAUUAACUGUAUACGCAGCAACAAAAGCAUAUAUAUUGAAAUUUAGUACGGAUCUUCAUAGAAAAAAAAUGAGUGUCAGAUAUUUAAAUAAUCCUUAUGAAGAUUAUGUAGAAGGAAAUAGAAUUUCAAUUCUCGACAGCAAUAAUCUUAACAUUAGCGAUGAAUUUAAAGGAAUAUUAAAUGCCGGUACAAAAGUUUUAUUAAAAAAAUUGGAAGCAAACAAAAAAAAUUGGUAUUAUCUUGACGAUUAUUCGCUAUAUACAGGAAUAUCAGGGAUUUCAUAUACAUUUUAUCAUUAUGGAAAAUAUUUUAAAGAUCAAAACUAUAUAUCUAUAGCUCAGCAGAUACUGGAUAGUACAGUUAAAAAUUUAAGAGAAAAGAGACGCGUAACAUUUUUGACUGGUUAUGCAGGGCCGCUUGCAUUAGGAGCCAUUAUUCAUCAUCUACAAAUGCAUGAGCACGAAUCAAAAAAGAUGAUAUCAAAAUUAAUAUCACAAGCAAUGUAUGCUAUCGAAGAUUACUCAGCGUCUGACUUACCCGAUGAAUUACUUUAUGGUCGUGUCGGAUGUCUAUACGCACUCCUAUUUGUCAAUAAAUAUAUAAAUCCACCUCCUAUAGAAGAGAAUAUCAUUAAAAAUAUAAUUAAUGAAAUCUUAAGGUCUGGAAUAAAAUAUAAUAAACACGAACAUGAUACACCUCCUUUAAGAUAUACGUGGCAUGAUACCGAAUAUCUUGGUGGUGCUCAUGGAGUGGCCGGUAUACUUUAUGUAUUGCUACAGGCUCGCAACUAUUUAUCAGAAGAACAAAUAAAGACUAAAAUAGAACCAACACUUCAAUGGUUAGAAAGUAUAAAAUACAGUUCAGGAAAUUUUCCAUCAUCUAUUGAAAGCACUACUGAUAAAUUAGUUCAUUGGUGUCAUGGUGCGCCUUCAAUGACUAUGCUAUUUUGUUUAGCUUACGAGAUUUUCAAUAAAGAACAAUAUUUAAGAACAGCGUUAGAAUGUGGUGAAGUUGUAUGGAAGAGAGGACUUCUUAAAAAAGGUUGUGGAAUGUGUCAUGGAGUUGCUGGAAAUGCUUACACUUUUCUUAGUCUCUUUCAGUUAACAAAAGAACCUAAGUACCUGUAUAGAGCUUGUAAAUUUGCAGAAUGGUGUUUAGAUUAUGAAAGAAAUCAAACCAGACACCCUGAUAGACCAUUUUCUCUUUUUGAAGGUUUGGCGGGAGCAAUUUAUUUUCUUAUUGAUAUGCAAAAGCCACUUGAAGCAAAAUUUCCUGGCUAUACAUUAUAAAGGAAAUUACAAGAAUAAGAUUUAUUUACAUAAUAGUAAUUAUAGAUAAUAAAAACACAGUAGUAAACUUAAUGUCAGAAAAUAAUUAUACCAAAAGCUAUUUAUAUGCUAUUACACUUCGAUUUUGUAAUAUCUUUUAA